UGGUUCAGAAUCAGGGCUAUAAUAUUAAAAAAAACACUAAGGACGCUUUAUUAUCGUUUGUUGGGUGCAAAUAAACUGUUUUGAUGGAUUUUAAAGAAGAAAACAACGUUUUGGGUGCUUUUCAGGAGGGGAGGGAGGCAGGACAACCUCUCCUCAUCCCCCGUUUGCUGCUCUGCGCAUGCUCAGACCUGCUCUCCCGUCUUAUUAAUUUUUAAUGGAAAAUGGCUGCGUUUCUUAUCCAAACCGCUGGAGCUGGGAGAUAAAAAAAACACACCCGUCCAUCGGAACCAUCCGGGGUCUCGACAACGUCCACACCGAAACGAACCGAUGUGGUGACUAAACGUUAGCCGGCAGAUGUCCUGUGGUGUGAAAAUAUUUGUGAAAAUGGAUCGACUGGCGCUCUGAGGGAUGAAAGAUCAUUUUUCUCUUUAACCCUUUCUGCUCCGAGAUCUGCGAACAAUCGAGCAGAAGAUGAUGCGCCAGGUGACAAGCAGUGACUUCUGCAUGAACAGCAGGCCGUCAUGUCUGGCAGAGGACGGCCACCACCACCCCACCCACUUUGAACUCUGCACCUCCCAGUCCAACAAGUUCUACCCUCCUCCACCUCCGUCCCUGCAGAUGACGCUGGCCCCCAUGGCCUUACCCGCCCAGAGCCACAAGCCCAUGGUGUGCCAGAGACAGGAGGUGCUUGGAGGUGACACCCGCUCACCUGGAAAAUUACCCGGUAUUAAAAGCACCGAUCAAGCGCCGGAUGACGGCAAGAAGAAGACCAAGGCUGUUGGGAAGACCGGCAGACGUGGGAGGCCUUUGGGAACCACCAAGCUAGCUGGAUACAGAACCAGCACAGGGCGACCACUCGGCACCACCAGAGCUGCUGGGUUCAAGACGAGCCCGGGAAGGCCGCUGGGUACAACCAGAGCAGCGGGGUACAAGGUCAGCCCCGGGCGGCCUCCUGGCAGCAUCAAGGGCCUCUCUCGUCUCAACAAACUGGCUUACGGUAGCAAUUGCAGCGGAGCGGCUUUCCCCUAUCCGCUGCCACACAAGGAAAUCCUCUGUGAACCUUCCUGCAAAGAGAAGACAGCUAAUGAGUAAAGGCUCCGCUUUGUUUCCACUCGCCCUCCAUCAGUUGAAUAAGAGACACGUGUGUGCAGGUUUGCUGGGAGAUACUGGGGAUGGUCGCAAUCUGGCCCAGCCGCCUGUGAGGCUGAGUGGAAGGGAUUUUCUAAUAUUCGUGUUGGUGUCAUCUGUGUGCCUGCCAGCUGAUAUAGUAAUACUACUGCUGUGCUAACGCUGAAGAUCUAUGGUGUGUGGAAGCUUUCGCUACACACUGCUGUGUCUGUUUUCUUGGGGAAAAAAAAACAAUACCAGAUGUUCACAAAGCAAGGGGAUUUUCUCUUACUGACAGCUGUAGUGGUAGUUCAUGACAAGUUUAAUUUUUAGUGUGCUUUAUGUAGCACUUUGAUGAUUGAAACGUUCAUUUCAAAAUGUUUUAUUAUCGUAAACAAAGGAGACCAUCGUGAGAAGAUUGUGAAAUCUGCCAGGCUGCUUUACAGCACAAAACAAGGACAAAUUUUACUUUUUAGGUUCAUCACGCUACACUUUGAAUUUCAUAUUAGCUAACGUUGUUGGAUUUUGUUGUUUUUGUUUCUGCUCCUUAUGAACAUGAAAAGCAAGAAACGUGGGAAAGAGAGAGACAAGAGGCAACUUUGUCUUUGCAGCAGGAAAGUUAGAAAUGUGGUCUUUAAAAAAAAAGCUGCAUGUAGCACCUUUUACGUGUCAUAUUUAUAAAAUGGCAUUCAGACUCUUUGUUUUGGGAAGAUUCAGAGGAACAGCCAGGGGUCGAGUGCCUUGCUCAGUGGCACUUCAAAGAUAGACGUACAGAUAAUCUCAAAACUGAGAUCCAGUUAAUCAGACAUUUUCCACUUGGCACCAGAAUUAACCCGAAAUAAUGACUCCUGCUGAGACUGUCUUAAUGUCAACUCACUAAAUAUCACCUGGAGAAAUCUCGAUAUAUAAUUUGCAUGCAAAUGUCAUCAAAGCGACUGAAUCCAGUUACGGAUUGUUCCAAGAAAUGACUCUGAUAUCCAAGUUCAAACUAAGUUAUUAUUAUUUUUUUUUUAACAAAAACUAUAAAACUGAAAAAAAAAUAAAACCCAAAACAAAACAUUGCCUGCAACUCAGUUCACCUCCUGCUUCUCUUCUAACCUGCUAAAAAUUGGCACUCGGCCCUAAUGUUGUCAUCCCAGAGCGUCUCUUGGCAUUAUUUUUAAAAGGUUUAUAGUAUGUGGUUAUUAUCAAAUAUGACCAAAAAUUGUGAUUUUUGUGUGAAUGUCCCAAAUCCCACUACAAAACUUUCAUAAACGGAUCAGUUUUGUAUUUUUUGUGACUGUUUUAACCCAUGUGUAUAUAUAUAUAUAUAUUGCACAAGUAGAGAAAGUGAGCGCAUUGAUACACAUUUUAACUUUGUCUUGUCACAUUGUAGGGAAAGUCUUUCACCAAGAAUUACUGUAUGCUAUUUGUGUUAUACAACAAAACCACUGGUCACGUUAAUUGGUGUGAGCAAACUUACAUACCAAGCAAAAUUCAAGUACCUAUGAAGACACAUUUUGCUUUUUAUGUUGCAUUUGUCCCGAGAAAAUAAGCAGAUUGAUAUUCAGAAUCUUAUCUAUAACAUGAAUGUGUUGCUGAAUGCGCUGAGCAGGAUUGAAAUGGCACUUAACAUCACAGUUAUAAAGGUAACUUACACAAACUGUCUUUAUAAAGAAGAAUCUAUUUGACGUGAUAUUUGUGUGACAUUUACCUACAGUUACAGUCUCAAAUACCUUAUUAGUAUACUUGCUCAAGAAUGAAAAAAAAAAAUCGUAUUUUGAUUUGCAUUUUAACGGUGAAUCAUGAACAAAUGAGACCAUCACUGAUAAGACCGACAGCCACUGCUGGCCUCUCUCCUGUUGGUGAGCCACCAGGUCGUAUCUUGUUGGAAAUCUGCAGACAGGUGGCGCUGUUCCUCCAGAGCAGAACAGCCAAGGCUGAAGCACAGAGAGGCAGUGAACAGGUGAUGGAAGAAUCUCUCUGGAGAGAAAAGAGCAACUAACAGUCUCGUCAUGGUCUUGUUUGUUUGUGACGAUCACAUUAAGGUUUAAGAUUUUAAGGAUUUCUACAUGUUAAAGUAAGGGUACAGCUCAACAUUUUAAGCUUUGGUUUUAACAAUGGCAAGGUCAAAUCAUGUCUGUUUUUUUUUUAUGUUUCUAUUUAUUAACUUGUUUUAGGUACAUUAUCAAAGGUCUGUAGAACACUUGAAUCCAACUGUUGGAGAAGCUGGUGUUUUUUUUUGUGAAAAUGCUGAUGUGAAAUAAUUUAGUGCAAGCAGGCUUAAGACAGAAAUGAAAGAUGCAGUAGCUUUAAUGUUUGAUAUUUGUCACUUCACAACAUGUUUAAUGCACCGUAUAUACAGGAUGUCACAUAUACUCAGAUAUGAUUUUUUUUUUCUCUUCCAAAAAAAAUUGAUCGGCUAUUUGACAACUCAUCACUGUAUUAUAUUGAUUUUUUUUUUAUUAUUUGAAAUUUAACUCUUAAAAACUGCCCUGAUGGACAUUCAGCUAUUCACAUUCAGGCAUUUCAAUUUAAGACUAAAGAGACAGUUUAAGCUUCACUAAGUUGCUCUCUCACGACAAAAUUUAAAAAAAAGUUAAAUUUGGUGCAAUAAUCUGUUGUAUGUAUUGUACUGUGAAAACUUUGAUACUAUCACUUUUUAUUAUCGUCGUAUUUUUAUACUCGUGUACAAGGCCUUCUCGUCACUCGUUUUGGUUUGUGUGUGUGUGGUGUUAACCGAGGUUACUGAAAUGUCACAUACACAACGACAUCCUUUUCACCCUCCUUUACCAAAGAACAUGAAGUUAUCUGACUGUAGGAAUUAAUGCUGUUUGAUUUCAAAAAUGCUUAAACAUCUCACAAAAUAAACCUAGCAUUAAAGCUACUUUGUAAAAUGUAAAGAAAAAGCAACUUGGGAAACCUCUGUCCCAUGAAAGUCAGUAUCAUUGUUUGGAUAAGUUAAAAAAAAAAUAAUUAAAUGUCGCAUAUGAAGUGAUUAAAAUUGCAGUUUUUUU